GAAAGCCAGCCUUAGGUUCAGAUGCCAGGGUCACAGGCCCAGAUUGGGUAAGAGCAGAGCAGAGAUCGGCCCCUCUGUUCCCGGUCCAGAGACAGUUGGAGACACUAAAAAUUCUGGAAACUUCAGAGGCAGGAAGUGAAGGGGGAGGGGCGGAGGGGAAACAGCAAAGGGCACCCUGGCCGCUCCGGGCCUGGCCCCCCUCCCAAACUGUGCCUUCAGUGAGGUUGGGGCGGGGAGGACAGCCCAGGUGACUCCCUGUCCCUGGGAAGCCAAGAUGAGACAACCCAUCCCCCGCUCCCCCCCCCCCCCCGCCCCCGAGGUCCAAAUCCAUUUCUGCCUCUGUUUACGUCCAAAGUCCUGGGCACUGGGGAUGCCAGGUUUGGUGUGUGCGGACACACAGACACGCAGACGCACAGGGCUCAGGGCCCGCGUAUGGACCCUGCCCCCUCCGCUCCCACUUUCCAGGGCUGUCCGCGCACCCUAAUUCUCCAGUCUUCGGCCGCUCUCCUAGCCGGGCAUCUGCACAGCAGUGAGGGACCCAGGAGUCCGCCUUGAGACCUUCAGCAACCUUAACCUUGGCGGUGACCUGGUUCGAGGUCUAGCCAGCCUUAGCAUGACAAAGGAAUAUCAAGAUCUGCAGCAUCUGGACAAUGAGGAGAAUGACCAGCAGCACAGAAAAGGGCCACCUCCUCAACAGUCACUCUUUCGGCGUCUCUGCUCGGGACCCUGCCUCCUCCUGAUUUCCAUGGGCCUUAGCCUCCUGCUGCUGGUAGUUGUCUGUGUGAUCGGAUCCCAGAACUCCAAGCUGCAGGAGGAGCUGCAGGCCCUGAGAGAGACCUUCAGCAACCUCACUGCGAGCACAGACGCCAAGGUCAAGACCCUCAGCAUGCAGGGAGGAAAUGUGGGCAGAAAGAUGAAGUCCCUGGAGUCCCAGCUGGAGAAACAGCAGCAGGACCUGAGUGAAGAUCACUCCAGCUUGCUGCUCCACGUGAAGCAGUUUGUGUCCGAUCUGCGGAGCCUCAGCUGUCAGAUGGCUGUCCUCCAGGGCAAUGGCUCUGAAAGGACCUGCUGCCCGGUUAACUGGGUGGACUAUGAAGGCAGCUGCUACUGGUUCUCCCGCUCUGGGAAGCCCUGGCCGGAGGCUGAGAAGUACUGCCAGCUGGAGAAUGCCCACCUCGUGGUGGUGGGCUCCUGGGAGGAGCAGAAAUUUAUCCAGCACCACGUGGGCCCUGUGAACUCCUGGAUCGGCCUCACUGAUCAGAGCGGGCCCUGGAAGUGGGUGGAUGGCACCGACUACGAGUCGGGCUUCAAGAACUGGAGACCCGAGCAGCCAGAUGACUGGUACGGGCAUGGGCUCGGGGGUGGCGAGGACUGUGCCCACUUUACGGAGGACGGCGGCUGGAACGAUGACGUCUGCCAGAGGCCCUAUCGCUGGGUGUGCGAGACACAGCGGGACAGGGACAGCGGCAGCUAGGAGUCUCCUCUCCCUCUAAUUUAUGUCCUCAAUGCUUUUACCUGCCACGGGGGUCUUGGUUGGGGGACCCUCCUCUCUGGGUGCUUCAGGAUUUUCACCUCGGAUUUUGAGGGAAGGGAGAAGGGUGGGGUCUGAGGAAUGGAGAAUGAUGUUUGGAGGCUUGGGGAGUUUGAAAUGCCUGCCCGUUUCUGUAGUUUGCAGGGUAUUAUUGUCAACUUUUUUUUUUUAAAGAGUAAAAAGAAGUGCAAUAUAC